GCAGGCUGCUUCACUGCCACAGGGUGUCCAGGAGUGAGUUCGUAACUCGUGGGGAUUGUGGCGGGGCGUCGCAGACCCUGUCGGAACCUCACGGAAUAGGCUUCCAUAAUGGCUGAAAAUGGUGACAGUGAAAAAAUGAGUGACCUGGAGUCCAAAAUUUGCCAACAAAUUGAGUACUAUUUUGGUGACUUUAAUCUUCCACGAGACAAAUUUUUAAAGGAACAGAUCAAAAUAGAUGAUGGCUGGGUACCUUUGGAGACAAUGAUCAAAUUCAACAGAUUAAGCAAACUCACAAAAGACUUUGAUGUGAUAAGAAGUGCUUUAAAGAAAUCAAAGGCAGAACUCAUGGAAGUUAGUGAGGAUCAAACUAAAAUCAGAAGAUCUCCAAGCAAACCCCUCCCUGAAGUAACAGAUGAGUAUAAAAAUGAAGUAAAAAACAGAUCUAUCUAUGUUAAAGGUUUUCCAACAGAUGCAACCCUUGAUGACAUAAAAGAAUGGUUAGAAGGUAAAGGUCAAGUACAAAAUAUUCAAAUGAGGAGGACAUUACAUAAAGCAUUUAAGGGAUCAAUAUUUGCUGUGUUUGAUAGUGUUGAAUCUGCCAAGAAGUUUAUAGAAACCCCUGGACAAAAAUACAAAGAUACAGAGCUGCUGAUACUGUUUAAGGAAGAUUAUUUUGCAAAAAAGAAUGAAGAAAGGAAGCAAAAUAAAGUAGAAGCUAAAGCUAAAGCUAAACAAGAGCAAGAAGAAAAACAGAGGCAAGCAGAAGAUGCUGAAUUGAAAUCUCUGGAUGAAAAGAUUGGAUGUUUGCUGAAAUUUUCUGGUGAUUUAGAUGAUCAAACCUGUAGAGAAGAUCUUCACACACUUUUCUCUAAUUAUGGAGAAAUAAAAUGGAUAGACUUCAUCAGGGGAGCAAAAGAGGGUAUAAUCCUAUUUAAAGAAAAGGCAAAAGAAGCACUGGAUAAGGCCAAUGAAGCAAAUAAUGGAAACCUAAAAUUAAGAAACAAAGAUGUAACGUGGGAAGUAUUAGAAGGAGAGACAGAGAAAGAAGCUUUAAAAAAAAUAAUUGAAGACCAACAGGAAUCCCUAAAUAAGUUGAAGUCAAAAGGUCGCAAAUUUAAAGGAAAAGGAAGAGGAGGUGGUAAAACUGUCCAGGGUAUACCCAAUAAAGGAAAAAUACAAUUCCAGGGCAAGAAAACAAAAUUUGAUAGUGAUGAAGAACAAGAAAAUGGUGAUGCUGGAGGGACCCUUAAAAGGACACGAGAAGAACCUGAAAAAGAAGAACCUGCACCAAAACAAUUGAAAACAGAAAAUGGAGCUGGAGACCAAUAGCUUGAUACAAAAAUUUUUAUUCAUUUUAAAUAAAUUUUAAGCUGUUUCA